AUGGUUCAUCCAAAGUGGCCCUCCAGAGAUAAAGUCCCCGUCAUGUUUGCCAGAACCCUAAGAACUUUCAGACCACUUAACAUCACUGCAUUCCGUUUACAGUCAACAUACAAAUUGAACCCAACUUCCAUUGUAUCUACAUUCUCGAAGAAUCCAGUUCUUAAGUUUACACCUGAACACGAAUGGAUUUCUUUGCACCCUGAUGGAACUGCAUUUAUUGGUAUUACCAACUAUGCUGCAGAUGCACUGGGAGAUGCUACAUUUAUUGAGUUACCAAGUUCUCAAAUUGGUGAAACCAUUGGCAAUGGUGAAACAAUUUCAUCUGUGGAAAGUGUUAAAUCCGCAAGCGAUAUUUAUUCACCUGUGGAAUGUGAGAUUGUUGAGGUUAAUGAAAGUCUAGAAGAGAGUCCUGAAUUGAUCAACACUGAUCCAAUGGGUGAAGGUUGGAUCGUCAAAGUUAAGGUUGGCGAACAAGACUCUGUCAAAGAACUAAUGGACGCAGAAGCUUACGAAACUUUUGUUGCCGAGUCUGAUCAUUAA